AAAGAUGAACUCUUCCACCAAUGCUAGCUACAGUGGCUCCUCCGAGUUCUGCCUGCUGGGUGCUGUGAGUUACUACCAUAGCCUGGACACCUGCAUACUGGAGGUGGUCAUGAUCAUCUUCCUCACUGUGCUCAUCAUCACUGGCAACCUGGUGGUGAUCUCUGUCUUCCACUGUGCCCCGCUGCUGCACCACCACACCACCAGCAUCUUCAUCCAAACCAUGGCCUACGCUGACCUGCUCGUGGGCGUUAGCUGCCUGGUGCCCUCGCUGUCCCUCCUGCAUUACCUCCGAGGACUGAACGAGGAGCUCACCUGCAAGGCUUUUGGCUACAUAGUUUCUGUGCUAAAGAGCGUCUCUAUGGCCUCACUUGCAUGCAUCAGUGUUGACCGCUACAUCGCCAUCAUUCGCCCGCUGUCUUACACCACGUUGGUAACUCGAUGUCGGCUGAGAGUGUGCAUAGUUCUUAUCUGGAUUUACUCUACUCUGAUCUUCUUGCCAUCCUUCUUCGGCUGGGGAAAGCCCGGAUACCAUGGCGACAUAUUUAGGUGGUGUGCAAUGUCUUGGCAAACCAACCCGGGGUUCAGUACAUUCAUUGUGGCGCUUCUCUAUGCUCCAGCGGCACUCAUAGUCUGCUUUACUUACGGAAAUAUAUUCUGGAUCUGCCGUCAACACCUGAGGGAAAUCGCUCAGCGCCACGCACGCUUCAGCGCGCAAAUACAAGGUGACAGAUGCGAGCGAGGGGAACGGUGCGAGAACUGUCCUGACAAACGUUACGCCAUGGUGCUUUUCCGUAUCACCAGUGUCUUCUAUGUGCUGUGGAUGCCCUACAUCCUCUACUUCUUGUUGGAGAGCUCUGGGCUGUACCACCAUAUGGUGGCUUCCUUCUUCACAACUUGGUUGGCGAUUAGCAACAGCUUCUGUAACUGCCUCAUCUACAGCCUGUCCAACAGCGUCUUUCGGAAGGGUCUCAGCCGCCUCAUCAGCCCGCUGGUUCCUUCUUGCCCCAGCUGCACUGAUGCUAAAAAGACUCCAGAUCCCAUCAGCUCACGACUGGACCAUUGAUGCCAAGCCUGGAAGAUGAAGGGCUCUUUUGGAGACAAAGGCCUGUGAGAAUGUUCUGCUCUUAGCUGCGUGUGACUGGUUGUUUUUUGGGCUCCUCAUUGAGGUGCAUCGUCUACUCCUUCUGCGCAGCGUGGAGUUGUCCCCUCAGAUGGUUAUCCAUCCUACCGGAGCCUGAUUCUUCAGCUUCAAAGUUACCUCCUAACUUUCAGGUCUGAGUGAAGCUGUUGGAUAAGGAGUGGAUGAGAAGUGCAAACUGAAGGAACAAUGUUCAUGUUUGUCCGUUCAGAGCGUCUAAU